AUGGACCUAAAUUUUGUGCAAGCUGAUAACAGCAAUCUACCUAAGGUUGACGCAUUAAUGGUAGCAUUUUUCUUCAAAAAUAAUGCGGACUACUAUGCUGCGGAACUCAAACAUGUCUGGAAGGGAGUCCUACGGAGACGAUGCAAUUGGCUAUGUGCAGCUGCCCCGGGAGCAUGGACUUUGCUCACUUAAGUGCAAAAUGUGCCCAGAGCACAAAGUGAGAUCAAAAGCUUAUAAUGUGAC